GAAGCGCAAUGGCGCAUGCGCAACGGUCUUUGUGCCCCGCGCAAGAUGGCGGCUCCCAGUCGAGCCAUGUUGCUGUGUGGGAACUUGGCCUCUUUAGCCGCCCGCGUGGCUUUUAAUAGGUCUUGCGGGCUACGGCAUAUACCCACAACUUUCCUCCUGCUGCCCGAGCAAUUGGCCUUUCGUACGUACUGCACAGAAGUCAACCAAGAAGAACCCACAAAGCCAGCUGGUCAUGAGAUAGAUUCACGUUACAAAGAAAUGCCAUGGAAAUACUUGGAGAGUGAAGAAUACAUAACUAAAUAUGGCAACAAUCCCGUCUGGUUUGGAUACAGGCGUAAUUUCAAGGGUCAGGUUCCACCACAGAAAACCCGGAAGAUGUGCAUUAGAAAAGGUCAUGUCUGUGGGAAUCCCUGUCCCCUCUGUAGAGAUCAACAUCUUUUUUUGGAUUAUAGGAAUGUGAAGCUUCUUGAACAGUUUAUCUGCCCCCACUCAAAUAUCAUCCUUGAUGCAACCCAUACAGGUGUGUGUAGACAGAAGCAUAAGGUGCUAGUCAAAGCCAUUGAUCAAGCUCAAGACAAUGGACUUCUACCAGUUAGCACUCCCUUGAUUUCUUUCCGAGAUGUGGAUAGGAGCAACCAGCAUCCAGCUGUUUCCAAGACUCCUCCAUCCCCAGCUCUGUGUAGCAAAACAUCAUGGUAUUCCUGGUAUGACUGGCAGCAGCCUCCAGAGAAAAAAAUUAAACUCUUCAGGAGGAUUUACAAGGAUUACCUAAAAGAAGAGAGCAACCUUUCAUAAACCAAGCCCCAAAAAAGCAAUUAUAACAUUCCCAAGGAAGCCUGUAACUGAUCCUUAAAAAUCCUCUAUAUAGUUCAGCUGUUAGAGGACUCCUGUCUAUUAUUUCCUCCAGAAGGACUUCUAAGUGUCAGUAAAUUGAAUGGGAUUACUGAUGAUUUUGGUGAUUGAACUUUAUUGGAAACACCUGAUUGAAUGGGGAGGGGAGGAGGGGAAAGUAUAGGGCAAUGGUAAAACAAAAACAAAAAAUACAAUAAAAGCCAAUUUGAUGUGUGUA